GACCUUGUAAAACUACAAUUCCCAUGAUUUCAUAGCAUUGAGCCAUGGCAAUUAAAAUGGGCUCAAACUACAUUAAUUCUACAGAGCAGACACACCCUAAGGUAAAGUUAAAGGUUUUCCCCUGACAUUAAGUCUAGUUGUAUCUGACUCUGGGGGUUGGUGCUUAUCUCCAUUUCUAAGCUGAAGAGCCGGGAUUGUCCGUAGGCACCUCCAAGGUCAUGUGGCCGGCAUGACUGCGUGGAGAGCUGUUACUUUCCCAUCGGAGCGGUAACUAUUGAUCUACUCACAUCUGCAUGUUUUCAAAUUGCUAGGUUGGCAGAAGCUGGGGCUAACAGCGGGAGCCCACUUUGCUCCCCGGAUUCAAACCGCUGACCUUUCAGUCAGCAAGUUCAGCAGCUCAGUGGUUUAACCCACUGCGCUACCCUAAGACUUAGCAAAUUCCUGUCCAAGUGAAUCCUUUUCUUGGAUCUAGGUCAGAAUUUAGCCCUUGUCUAUUGCAUUUUUAUCCCACUAUUCAGUCAGAAAGAUUCUUAGAUAGGCUUCCAUAAAACACAAAACAAAACAGCAAGCCACUGCUGAAUUGUAGCUCAUUUUGUAUACCGUAAAAUGCCCUCGUGAUAUUCAUCACCCCAUAAGAUUUUCACCAAAUAAUAACACCAUGAAUGCGCAAGGCAAAAUGAAUCCAGUUUUAAUCUUCUGAAAAUAGCUGUCUUUCAUGAUCAUUAUGAUAAGAAACAGUUAUGAAUUGCAUUCAGUUAUGUAGAGUCAUUGUGAGUAUGCAACCAUAUACAAAUUACAUGCAUCUAGUUUCUGUGCAGUUCAAUGCCCUCACAGCCAACAAGACAAAGCCAUGCUCUCUAAGCUCCAAAAUGUGAUUUCUCACAUGAUACAAGUAUGACUGUAAGGCUUUGCUUUAAAGUUUCCCUCCUGGUGUGGCAUAAGACAUCUACAAUUUUUUUCUUACUUGACUCAGGGCAAUGCAGAUUGAUUUCAAAUUAACCUGAGAAAUAUGGCAAAGAAACUUUUCACAUUUUCCAGGACUUUUUUACAAGGACUCUCUUUCCGGGACAAGAAGAAGAGAAAUGAUGAAACCAGUGCUUUGCUACCAAAGGCAGGCAAUCCAGAUGCACAAGGCUCUCCUUUAAACUCCAAGGGAGAAGAAACUGAUUGUCACAGCAAAGAGAAAGGGCAAUGGUGUUUCAGCCAGUCUUCCCAUCAUCACCUGGACUCACUUAGCCGCUGUGUUAAAUACCUGACCCUCGUUUGGAACCUGGCUUUCUCCAUUGUGGGAUUGGUCAUCUUGGCUAUAGGGAUCUGGGGUCUUUCAGACAAGGAAUCAUUGGCCAAUGAACAGAUAACUCAUUUGGGCAGUGACCCAAUGCUCUUUUUUGUAUUAGCAGGCCUGGCAGCCAGUGCUAUGUCUCUGUUGGGUUGUACAGGAGCCCUCAUCGAGAACACCUGCCUCCUGAAGAUUUUCUCUGCAGGCAUCAUCACCUUUGUAGUCCUAGAAAUUGUUGGUGGAAUUAUUCUUUUUUCACUAAGAAACCAAAUCAAGGUCUCCUUGCAAAAUUCCCUCAUGGUGGCAGUGCAGCGGUACCAGGAUGAUCUGGACUUGCAGUUCAUUAUGGAUGAAAUUCAGACAGGCUUACAGUGCUGUGGAGUCGAGUCUUACCUAGACUGGAAAACAAAUCUGUAUUUUAACUGCAGUUCCCCAGGUGUGCAAGCCUGCGGUGUUCCAGCUUCCUGCUGCCUGGAUCCACGGGAAAAUGGCACCAUCCCAAAUUCCCAGUGUGGCUUUGGUGCUCUGGCCCUGGAGGAGUUUGUGGCUCAGAGCACUAUCUAUCUUGGAGGCUGCGUUCCCCAGCUGAGCAGAUGGCUUAAUAAUCAUACGGGGGCAAUUGCCUCUUAUUUUGUGUUUCUGAUUCUGAUUGAAGUAGGAAGCUUAUUACUAGCCACUAAGCUCCUGGCAGGCAUUGCCUUUGCUACAACUCAGGAUGACAGUAGGGGGGAGGGAACAUUUUGGCUCUCUUCUGACCAUAGACAAAGGGGAUUUUAUUACUGAUCGUUUGAGCAUAGCAAAUCUAGAAUACUGCAGAAGAAGCCCUAUUACCUUAUACUUAUUAAUUUCCUAGAGCAGGAUACGGGGGACUGAAUUUUUCUUGCUUUUGCCUUUAUUGUCUCUGGCUAGAAUUAAUUCUGUUCCUUCCUUUCUGCUAUUUUCUCUUUCAUCAAUGCUACAUUUUCAUUCAGUACACUGCCCCUCAGGGCUUCUGUAUAUAGCCACAAAGAUUGGAAAGGUAUUGUAGUACAGAAUCUCAUGACCUGGCCUUCAUUGCUGGAGAAUCUUUUAUAGCCAAGCAGCUUCCCUACAAAUCAAUUUUUCAUCUUUUUUUUGAAAGCCAGUUUUAGAAAUAGGCAUAGGAACAAAUUCCAAUCUUUAAGAGAAGUAUCUCUCAACUGGCUUUCAUCCUACACCUUCCCAAUGCCCUAAUGGUUAAAAUAAGUUAUGAAAUUAUUCCCCUAGGAACUGUACUGCUUUUCAUCCCUGUUUGCCUUUUGGUGUGUGAUACUAACCAACCUGGAGCCCCCAGUGGUGCAGCGGAUUAAACUGCUGAGCUGCUGAACUUACUGACCGAAAGGUCUGUGGUUCGAAUCUGGGGAGCGGGGUGAGCUCCCGCUGUUAGCCCCAGCUUCUGCCAAUUUAGCAGUUCAAAAACAUGCAAAUGUGAGUAGAUCAAUUGGUGGGAAGGUAACGACGCUCCAGGUAGUCAUGCCGGUCACAUGAUCUUGGAGGUGUCUAUGGACAAUGCCAGCUCUUCAGCUUAAAAAUGGAGAUGAGCACCCACCCCCAGAAUCGGACACGACUAGACUUAAUGUCAGGGAAAACCUUUACCUUUAUCUUUACUAACCAACUUAUUACAGCACUUAUUGCAAAUGCCUUUUACUAUGCUUUAUAUUGGCAUGCUGAAGUAGACUUUUUAACUUGUACUUGCAUGUAAACAUUUACAGUGCAGAUAUACCAGUGUUUUGCUCACUUGCUUUCUCUUGGUGUACUUUAGUUUUCUCAUCAUGUUUCAUUAAAUUCUAACAAGAACAAUGUUGUUAUUAAAAUUAUUAUUAUUAUUAUUAUUAAUUUCAAAUGUAUUAUUUUACCAUUAGAAGUUGAACAAUGAAAAUUACUUUGCUGACACUUGGCUGUAAGGGGUGAUUUGCUCCCAUAUGCACCACUCCUUGAUCCAAUGACAAUUUUUUACAAUGGCCUCAGCUCCCUGAUCCUUUCCAGAUUUAUAUGCUGGCUACUCAACCAAUAUUGUUCAGCUCAAAGUUCCUCUUGAUAUGGCAUUUGUUGCUAUGUAGUAAUAGUGCCUGCAUCUUGUUGGGAAUAAAACAUUUCAUUCUACUAAAGGGCUGCAUUUUCUUCUAACACCUCCCAGAGCUUGCUCUUUUGAAGCAAAUUAUUUGGACAACAUUUUGCAUUGAAAUGAAAAUGGCAUUAUUUUACGUUCUGUGCUAUCAUCCUGAAAACAAGAUGGGAAGAAGGCAGUUUUUCUUCCCUGCUCUUUCUAGAGUGCUAGGCUCAAAGACGGGGAGAAGACAACUUGCCUCAGAAGUAAGAGGAUGUAUCUUCUAUCUGCCUUCACAGCUUGCUUACAUGCAGCUGUAUCUUUGCAAUUCAGUCCCCACUCUGCUGUCCAUGUUGGCUCAGAAAAAAUAAACCAAUGAAAAAGGGAUCAGCAUCAGAGAACAAUAGGAGCUACAUUGCACUAGUGUUGCAAUAGAGGACAAAGUCUCAUGAAGGACAUGAGCUGAGUGCACAGAAAUGCACUGCUUCAUAUUUUGGCUUCCUCGUGUAUGGACAAAGUAGAAACAUGUUGAUACUGAGCAAGAAUUGAUCAGUGUAUUCCAAUUUACAGUAAUGUAUCUGUGUAACAAGGAGGAAUUUAGAUUACAAUCCUCUACUAACAUAUUUCCAGAUAGUAGAGAUUUACAAUUUGAAUUACUUCUUGUUGGUGAGAUAUGUCUGUGUGAACCGGAAUUCAGUUCACAUUGCAGUGGAAACAACUGGUAAUUCCUUUUGAAUGAACAUGCAUGAAAUAGUGCUGGCAAUUUCCUACCAGUCAAAAUUAUCUUGUGGGUAUUUUUUUAAGUAACUCUUAAAAGCUGAAUGAAAUUCCAAGAGAGGAAAAAUAUGUUUUCUUUACAUAUAAUAGGGCUGUCUUAAUACCGUAUUUACUCAAAUCUAAUGUUCACCUUUUUCGAAUAAAUUACCUUCUCAAAUUAGGGUGCACAUUGAAUUCACAUAAUAUGUUCAAUAUUUUUUUGGGUUUUAGGGUUUUGAAAAUUGAGGUGCGCAUUAGAUUUGAUGGUGCAUUAGACAUGAGUAAAUACAGUAGAGUCUCACUUAUCCAACACUCGCUUAUCCAAUGUUCUGGAUUAUCCAACGCAUUUUUGUAGUCAAUGUUUUCAAUAUAUCGUGAUAUUUUGGUGCUAAAUUCAUAAAUAUAGUAAUUACUACAUAGCAUUACUGCGUAUUGAACUACUUUUUCUACUAAAUUUGUUGUCUAACAUGAUGUUUUGGUGCUUCAUUUGUAAAUCAUAACCUAAUUUGAUGUUUAAUAGGCUUUUCCUUAAUGCCUCCUUAUUAUCCAACAUAUUCGGUUAUCCAACAUUCUGCCGGCCCAUUUAUGUUGGAUAAGUGAGACUCUACUGUAUGUGGUAUUUUGAAUUUUACUGUUUACCACUGCAUCAUUCCUAUCCUAUCAUCCUCUGAAUCUAAAGUCUUCUUAUUGCUACUGCAGUCCCUCUAACUUUCACUCUGUGCCCUCCUAUUUUUUUUCUAGACAAGGAAUUUUAGAAUAGCAUAAGUUUUGUUUUUCAGGUCAUAGAUAAGAGGAAAAAAGAUAGUUGCAGCAAAUGAUGAAACCAUUAUAUAUUCAAAACAGACAAUUUCUCAAUCUUAUAGGUGUUUUUUCAAACCCUUUAACUGAAAGCUGAGGAGGGGGGUUAAUUGCAGGAAAUAUAGUGUAAAAUCAAACCUACUGCUAAUUCAUUUGAUUUUUUUUAGUUUUUUUCCAUUUCUUGAAGUUGAACUAAUUCCUGUUGGGAGAGGUAAUUUGCAAGGUUGUAGAAGCCACUGCCUGGCGGCCUCCAUUUCUGGCCACUCUGUGGUUAGAUGAUCCCAUAUUGUGCUAGCUCGUGGAGCUCCAGGUGACUGAAGGCUUCCCAUGGACAGAUCACAGUGAUAUCUGAAAAAGAGAGGCAUCAAAGCAACCCAUAUUGCCAAAAGUCAUCAGACUGCUAUGCUGGAAUCCGCCCUAGACCUUUUAUGACAAUUGGUAAUGGGAGCAAUUACAGGGUAUCAUAACCAUAAAUAGAACAGAUUCUGAGUAACCAUUUGAGAUAUGUUUGUGAGAGAGCUUGCCACAAGCAGUGUAUGCUCUUGUGGACACACUGGUAGUUUGACACGGCUAUACAAGAGGGUCGGAGGCCAAGAAACAGCCCACAGCUAAUCAAACAAGGCCAUUUGGGAAAGAGACAGGCUGAGGUGAAAGGUCAACUAUUUCUAUGUCACUCAAGGAGCGGGAGAACAAAUAUUCUCUUUUGUAUUUACAUGGAUUGAGGGUUGUCAACCAACUCGGAAGAAAGAGCAGCCUGGGUGUUCUUUAAAUUUGGCAUCUUUUUUACUUUGUGCAAAUACCUAAGCUAUAUAGUGCAAGCAGCAUGUCAUGCUUUAGAUUCAGCCCUGAUGCCUAUUUCAUCCAGUGCUGCAUGUGGGACUGUAGGAUGCCUGUGUGUGGUUCCUCCAUAGUUUCUUACAUAAAUUUUAUAGGCUUUCCAACACCUGGCAAAUUGGCUUGCCAGCAAUACCACAGGUUUAGGUAAAAUAAGCCAGUGAAACUUAGCUGUUCUAUCCAGAGUGUUCAUAAGGAGAAAAAAGGUUUCCUGUUUAUUCAGAUGUAUUCUAGGGAAAAAGAAUCCUGAGAGUAGGUACACAGUAUGGGUAUACCCACUAUCAAAACACUCAACACGUGGAUAGGAGGCUGAAAUAUCUCGAAGGUGAUCAAGUUCUGGCAGUGCUGAGUGGAGUAUGUCGCAAGGAAUCUGCUCUUGCUAAUGCUUGGUAUGGCAGAUUUUUCAUUAUUGGGAUAAAUCCAUAUACAGUUCAAGCCCCGUAUCUGCAGUUUCAUUUAUCCAACAAAACAAGUUCCCUCUAGUCUUCUACCAUGAUUCUAUGGCAUCGAGUUUGCUAUCCUCCAUGGUUUUGCGUAUCUGUGGACAGUCCAGGAAGGUAUCACAACUGAAAACGGGAGUCGUACUGUACUAACUGUAUUGAUACAUGAUAAUAUUCAAAAUAUGGCUUUUUAUUAAACCUGCAGGAAUGAUCGGUAAUUAGUUUUAUCCAAAUGUGUAUGUAUUGUGGUUUAAAUUAUUUUAAAUUGUUUUGUUUUCAUGUUAAAAUUGAUUUAAUAUCCUUUUAGUUUUUUAUAUGUUUCUUUUUGAGAUCCCUGGAUGCAGUAUGGCUUAUAAAUCUAUAUAAUAAAAGUGAAUGUUUGUAUAUGUGGAUGUGUGCGGUGGUAUGGUGAUGUUUCUUCCAGCUUUCCUAUUGGCUGCUACUUCCACAGGCCACUGUGACCCUCACAAAUGAUGGACCUGGACCAAACUUUCAAAUAGACUGGGCAUCACCGGUUACCCAAACUAGUAUCUUAAUAAAGAAAGAAAAAUGUGUUCUGUCAUACCUGUUCCCAAGCCUUCCAUGCCAGGGAUGUCAUCACCAAAUCUGCAGAGGGAGGGAGUAAGUGUGAGAAUACUUGCUCUACUAAGCAGCUAUACUUUUCAUCUCUUGACUUCAGAUCAUCAAAAAGGAGAAAUAAAGCCUCUGAUGGAGCUCUGUAUUAGUGGUUCAAAUACUUGCUAUAUCUCUCAAUACAACCACUGAUAGAAGUUAACGUUGUUACAUGGGAGUAGUAGAAGCUUGCAUGUUGAAGAAACAAAUAAAAUGGUAAGAAUUA